CGACACAUGACCAUCUAACAGUAACAAAUGCGUCCCACGCAACGGCAUACUAGGAAUUUAGGAAAGUGUAGAUGCACUACUGCCACUACUCACUAGUAAUGUCUGCUCCUGAUGACACAUAUGCUUUUUUGGCCGAGUGGUAUGACUCGAAUGCAUCACUCAUACGAAAGUACCAGUUCAUCUUUUACUGUGAGGAUGGUACAGUGGAAAUGUAUGAUAUCAAGAAUAGAAGAACCUUUCUUAAACGCACAGGGAUUGAUAAUGUUAGACCUGAGCAUUUAUACAUUGGAAGUACCAUCAAUGUGUUAUCAAGGCAGUUAACACUAACUGGAUAUGCUGACCAGCACACUGCUAAUAAAUUAUCAGGCAGACAGGAAAAAACGUUGGCCAUCAUAAAGCCAGAUGGCAUGAUUAGAAUUGGCGAAAUCAUCACUACUAUUGAGAAAAACGGAUUCAAGAUCUGUGCAGCACGGAUGGUUCGACUGAAAAAGAAUGGCGCUGAGAAGUUAUACGAGAAACAUUCAAGAACACCAUUCUUUGACGACCUGGUACAGUUUAUGUGCAGUGCACAGAUACUGAUACUAGAGUUGAUGGCAGAAAAUGGGGUGCAAAAGUGGCAGGAGUUGUUAGGGCCUUCAGACCCAGCUGAAGCCAAGGUGCAUGCAUCAGGUAGCAUUCGUGCUCAGUUUGGCGGCUGCAAGCUUCGAAAUGCUUGCCAUGGCCCCGACUCCGUCACAUCUGCUAGAGAGGAAUUGGACCUCUUCGAUUCUGGACACGUGACAGAGAGCACUGUGAAGUGUGAGAAUUGCACCUGCUGUGUUAUCAAACCUCAUGCUGUACUGGCAGGGCUUAUUGGAAACAUCAUCUCUGAUAUAUCAAGUGCUGGCUUUACCAUCUCUGCAUUCCAAUUGUUCAGCCUGGAGAGAGCAAGUGCAGAAGAGUUUCUGGAAAUAUACAAGGGCGUGAUGGUAGAGUACAACCAAAUGGUGAUGGAACUAACUGCAGGACCUUGCAUAGCCAUAGAGAUCACUGGCAGUCCAAGUGUGGCACAAGACUUCAGAGAACUUGUUGGGCCUUCAGACCCUGAGAUAGGACGACAGUUACGACCACACACAUUGCGUGCCAAAUACGGAAAGGAUAAGAUUAAGAAUGCAAUUCACUGCACUGAUCUUCCCGAAGAUGGAAUCCUAGAGGUUGAGUAUUUCUUUAAAAUACUGGGUCUCGACCAUUGAGAUCUCUAACUAUGGUUACUGGAUAUAUUUUAUCAUCAAUUUUUGUGUGAUGUAAAUACUUUUCAAUGCAGUCAAUGCUCUUAUUAGUCUCUACACAGAGUUACACAUGGUUAACAGAGAUUAAAGUAUGAAAACUACUUUUCAACUGUCUAUUACAGCUUUGACUCAUGAACUGCCAAACCUGGAACAAAAAUGUGUGAUUGAUAAUAAUUAUUUAUUUCGCAUCAUUUCUCAGAAAGCAUGUACAACAAUUUAAUGUUAUAUUCUGUAUAAUAAACAUGUAUGUUAACUACUAAAA